ACAAGCUUCUGCCGGUCUGCUAAAAGUUGCCCCGAGCUCGCCGCUCGAUAAUCACCCCGCUUAUGCUACACGCGGGCACAUUCCGCUCGAGAAACAGGUCCACGCGUCACGGUCGUGCUAUUGUAGGUUCCUGCACAGGAGCUGCGCGCCGAAGCUCCUGGCCUACCAUGCAGUGUGUCUCUGUGGCAGUUUAAAGGGCAUGCGAACUGCGUCCGUUUCCCUCACCCCUCCUCCCCCGCUGUUUCAGCAUGGUUCUCAGCCGGUCUUCGUCUGCUGCCUUUUGGCUUGGCUUGUCGGGUCUCGUGGGCGACCUUACCUUGGUCCAUGCCGCGUUCUCGAACAGUGCUUCAGACAACCUCGCUGUUUACUGGGGUCAGGACUCGUACGGGGCUGCAGGUGGUAGCAGCUCUGGCUACCAGCAGCCCAUCUCGUACUACUGCCAGGAUGACUCGAUCGACGUCAUUCCUAUGGCGUUUAUGAACGUCUUCUUCGGCGAAGGAGGUGAACCCUCCCUCGAUCUGGCGAACACUUGCAGCACCGCUAACGACCCGGUGUUCAAUGGUACUCAGCUGCCAGAGUGUACCUUCUUGGCGUCAGACAUCGAGACGUGCCAGAAUGCGGGCAAAAUCGUCACUAUGAGUCUCGGUGGUGCAACUGGUUCUGCUGGUUUCAGCAACACGAGCCAGGCGCAAGAAUUCGCUCAGACAAUCUGGAACCUCCUUCUCGGAGGGUCGAGCAGCAUCCGCCCUUUCGGUAAUGCAGUCCUUGACGGAAUUGAUCUCGAUAUCGAGGGUGGUUCCUCUGAAUAUUUCACUGACUUCGUCUCGGCCCUCCGCUCUUUAAUGAAUUCUGGCUCGAAGACAUACUACCUCACCGCUGCACCACAGUGCCCAUUCCCAGAUGCAUAUAUCGGCAGCGUUAUCAACGCAGAGUCCUUCGAUGCAAUCUAUGUACAGUUCUAUAACAACUACUGCGGGUUGACCAACUACGACAACUCCAACGACUGGAACUUUGGCACCUGGGAUAACUGGGCCAAGAACACCUCUCCGAACCCAAAUGUCAAGGUGUACAUCGGGGCACCGGCCUCGUCCACGGCAGCUGGUUCUGGCUACGUUGACGCUGCGACCCUGGGAGCCAUCGCCCAGGCUACGCGCCAACAGUACUCUUCUUUUGGUGGUGUCAUGCUCUGGGACGCCUCGCAGGCAUAUGCGAACAACCGCUAUGAUGCUGCGAUCAAGGGCUACCUGACUGGCAGUUCUGUCACAACUGUAACUCCCAGCAGCACGGCCUCGACGACCGCGGCUCCCACGACAUCCUCGGCGACCACCACUUCUGCUUCCACCACUUCUGCUUCCACUACCACGACUGCGAGCGCUGGAGACUGCGCGGGAGUCGCGACGUGGGUCGCCAAUGUCGCAUACACGGGAGGCGACCAAGUCGUAUACAACGGCCAGCUCUGGACGGCGAACUGGUGGAGCUACGGCGAUACCCCUGGUGGAGACUCUGGCGACUGGGCUGCUGACGGCACCUGCUCGACCACGAACGGCAAGGUCCAGUACCAGAGCAAGGAGGCCCCUCUGACCGCCACCCCGAAGGCGGGCACGGUGCCCAACCCCUCCUUAUCCGCAGCCAUCGCGGCCAAAACGGCCGCGGUCGCUCGGAGUAAUUCCCGCUUCUUCAAGUUCUGAGCCGCGAGCUUCCCCGGAUCGGGCUCUGCGUCGUCCAUUCACUACAUACUUGCAUCGCACACGACGCACUCACGGUAUCUAUUCUGACCCGUCUAUCUCUGUCCUUCCUCCUGCAUUCGCGCCUUUUGGGGUUUGACACCCCCUUCCGGCUCUCUCUCUCGCAUGUCUGCUUUGUUGCAUAUCCCGAGGCUUGUAUUGGCUGUAUCCAUUACGCAGUGUGA